AUGCCAAUAACCCUUCUCUCCUUUUUCUCUCCCAACAAAACAAAUCCAUCCUCGAAAAUGGCUUCACCGAUCCACAAAUUCCUGUGAUGAAAACUCUAAUCUCUCUCACACAGUCACACACUAAACAACAGUAGAUAUCCGCAUGGCAACUCUUCAUCUCCCAACUCCGUCCAACUGCUGCUGUGCGUACUUAAAAACGCUAGAUAAUAACCACAAUGACAUCAGGAAGAAGUUGAAAUUUUGCGGUCAUUUUGAUGUAAAAUGGGUGAAUUAUUCGUCUAUUUUUGGUUUGAGAGCUAGGAUUUUGAAUCAUAAUAGAGGAUUGGUGAUUUUGAGUAUUUACCGUCGUCGGUGUUGGAGAUUUUACGCCAAUGCUGACCUCCGGGUUGUUGUGGAGAGUGGUAGCAGCAGUAGAAAUAAUAUCAAUGUUGUUCAUUCUCAGUCUCCCAUCGUUCCCUCUGCUGAAAUACCGAUCACUUGUUACCAGAUUCUUGGUGUUUCUGAUCAAGCAGAGAAAGAUGAAAUUGUUAAGUCUGCAAUGCAUCUGAGGAAUGCACAGAUUGAAGAAGGUUAUACUGCAGAUGUUGUUGUUAGUCGUCAGAAUCUUUUGAUGGAUGUGAGGGAUAAGCUUCUUUUUGAACCAGAAUAUGCUGGAAAUACAAAGGAAAAGGUCGCACCUAAAUCUUCUCUACGAAUUCCAUGGUCUUGGGUGCCUGCUUCUCUUUGCCUUCUUCAGGAGGCUGGAGAGGAUAAGAUUGUUCUUGAUAUUGGACGGAGAGCCUUACAGCACGGAGAUGCUAAGUCUUACAUUCAUGAUGUUCUUUUGUCCAUGGCACUAGCAGAGUGUUCGAUUGCAAAAGCUUGUUUUGAGAAGAACAAGAUUUCACAAGGGUUUGAAGCUCUUGCCCGUGCUCAGUGUCUUCUUAGGAGUAAAAGUUCACUUGGGAAGAUGACACUUUUGUCUGAGAUUGAAGAAUCUCUGGAAGAGCUUGCACCAGCUUGCACACUGGAGUUACUAGGCAUGCCUCACACACCUGAAAAUGCUGAACGGAGGUCAGGAGCCAUUUCAGCUUUACGUGAACUGCUUAGGCAGGGCCUUGAUGUACAAAGUUCUAGCCAGGUACAAGACUGGCCAAUUUUCUUGAAUCAAGCGCUCCGUAAGCUCAUGGCUACAGAGAUUGUGGAACUUCUUCCCUGGGAAGAUCUUGCUCUUACACGAAAAAAUAAGAAAUCUCUAGAGUCACAAAGUCAAAGAGUUGUAAUUGAUUUUAAUUGUUUCUACGUGAUUUUGAUAGCUCACAUUGCCCUUGGAUUUUCAAGCAAGCAGAAAGAUUUGAUUCACAAAGCGAAAACAAUAUGUGAAUGUUUGAUAUCGUCAGAAGGGACUGAUUUGAAAUUUGAGGAAGCAUUCUGCUUGUUUCUUCUUGAUCAGGGUGAUGAGGUAACUGCUGCUGAAAAGCUUUGGCAGCUUGAGCUGAACUCAAGUCCUGCUGCACGGAAGUUACUUUCAGAUAAAGAAGCCAAAGAUGUUUCAAAUUCAAGGAAAUCACUGGAGACAUGGCUGAAGGAUUCUGUACUUCAGGUCUUCCCAGAUACUCAGGAAACUCCACCAUCUUUUGUUAUUUUCUUUGCAGGAGAAAAGCAAACUUCUGGGAAUAGGCAACCUAAGAGAUCUCUUCAUACAACAUCAAAUAUGAGCCACCAAUCACUUACAUCUCCGCUUGUGUUGGAUCGAAAAGCUUUUGAAGACAGCAUUCCAUCUAAAGACGCUUCACGACAUGUAGGACCAGCAGUAAAGCAGUUAACCCCAGCCAAUCUGCAAGGUCCACUGACAGAAAACAAGGCCAAUAGUGGUGCCAAUGUUGACGUACCUAUUCAAUUAAAAAGAAAUUUGGGUUCUCACCAAAAUAAAGCCUGGGACAUUUGGUCAGACCCAUAUACUGUUGUUAGGAAGUUGAUGUACAUUACAUCUUUGGGCUGCAUUAUUUAUGCUUCCUUCAGGCUGAUGAACAUGCACUUCUACAAGAUGGGAAACAGUUCUAGGUGGAGAUUGAAAAGACCAACUACAUCAAGCUCCAUUUCCUGGUCUAAAGAUUUUUCUCUAGAUGAAAAUGAGAGUAGGAAUGCCAAGAAACUUAAGAAGUUCCUUUCAAUGCUUAAAAUUCAGAUGAGACCCCAGCCAGAAGUUGGAAGUUUGCAGAAAUCUUGUCUUGCUGCUAGUUUGUCAUCCUCUGGUGUUGGAGUGCUCAGGCAGCCAAUGCCUGUGGAAGAAGCUGAGACUCUAGUUAGGAAAUGGCAAGAUAUCAAAGCUGAAGCGCUAGGACCUAACCAUCAUGUACAGAGACUCUUUGAUAUCCUUGAUGAGUCAAUGCUUGGUCAGUGGCAAGCUUUGGCUGAUGCUGCGAAAGCCAAGUCAUGUUUCUGGAAGUUCGUUUUGCUGCAAUUGUCAGUUCUGAAGGCAGAUAUUUUAACGGAUGAGACUGGUAAUGAAAUGGCAGAGAUAGAAGCAAUCUUAGAGGAAGCUGCUGAACUUGUAGAUGAUUCUCAGCCUAAGAAUCCGAAUUAUUACAGCACUUAUAAAAUACGUUAUUACCUGAAGAGGCAAUAUGAUGGUUCUUGGAGGUUCUGUGAAGGCGAUAUUCAAGCUCCAUUAUGAUAUUAGCUUUUCAAGGAAACGAAAGAAUGUUAUUUAUGAUUUAUUUUCCCUUGUAAAUGGUAGUGAUAUUUUGAAGUAAAGUUGCAUCUCGGAUGGAGGAUUUUACCCUACUUCCUUGCUCUAGGAGAUGAUUGUUGAACAGAACUGCUCAGAGCUUUCCAUUUGUUGUCUCUGAAGCUCGUCCAAUGAUAGGAGUGGCUAACAUGUUAUUUGAGAGGUUAUAAUCGAGAGAAAGGAAUUGAUUUCUGGUUAUUUAAAUGAUUAA